UGCCGCACCUACCAGCGACCCCUCCGCUCCGCCGCUUUCGGCGAGCCCUCGCCCUCGCCCUCCCACCCUCGGCAAAUCCAGCGGAGCAGCGGGAAGCGCUGAUUGGCUCCGGGCUGGAGCAGGAGGCUCAGACAAUGGCAUCCUCCCCCCUUAAAAAGAGUGCAGCGAUCCGGGCCGGGGGCAGACGGGACAUCCUCGCAGGGCGCCCGCCGGACAACAAGUGCCGGGGGCGGGGGGGGCCCGCAGCCCGCAGCCCGCCGGCCCCAAGUGCCUUCCCCGCCCGCGCCCAAAGAUGCCCCGCGGCUUCCUGGUGAAGAGGAGCAAGAGGCCCACGCCCGUGUCCUACCGGGUGCGCUGCUGCCAGGAGGCCGAGCCCCAGCUGCUGCUGCUCGCGGCCGGCCAGCCGCGCUGCUCCCCGCCCCUGCCCGCCUGCCCCGGGCCGGGCCCCGGCCCCGCGCCGCCUCCCCGCCGCGCCUCCCCGCCGCCCGCCCCGUCGCCGCCGCCGCCGCCGCCCGCCGCGCCGCUGCACUUCGGCACCCCGGACGGCGCGUCCCCGGCGCUGCGCAGCCCCACGCGGCCCGUGAGCCGCGAGCACGACAAGAAGUGCUUCGAGCGCAGCUUCAACCUGGGCUCGCCCGUCUCCGCCGAGUCCUUCCCCGCGCCCGCCGUGCCCGGCGCCCUGGACCCGCUGCUCCUCGCCCCCGCCGAGCUCAAGCUGUGGGCCGGCCCCGCGCCCCCCGCCGCGGCCGCCCGGCCCGCCGCCAAGCGCCCCCCCGAGCCCGGCAAGCACAAGCCGGCGGCGGCCAAGAAAGCCAAAGCCAUCCGCAAGCUGCACUUCGAGGACGAGGUCACCACGUCCCCCGUGCUGGGGCUGCGCAUCAAGGAGGGCCCCGUGGAGCCGCCCAAGCCGCGCGGCGCAGGGCCUGGGCCGGGGGCCGGGGCCGGGGCCGGGGUCGGGGCCGGGCCGGGGGGCGGCGGCGCCAAGCCGCUGGGCGAGUUCAUCUGCCAGCUGUGCAAGGAGGAGUACGCCGACCCCUUCGCGCUGGCGCAGCACAAGUGCUCGCGGAUCGUGCGCGUGGAGUACCGCUGCCCCGAGUGCGACAAGGUCUUCAGCUGCCCCGCCAACCUGGCCUCCCACCGCCGCUGGCACAAGCCGCGGCCCGCGCCGCCGCCCGCGCCCGAGCCGCCCAAGCCGGCGGAGGAGCAGAAGGAGGGCGGCGGCGGCAGCAGCAGCAGCGAGCGGGACACGCCGAGCCCCGAGGGCGCGUCCGAGUCGGGCUCGGAGGAGGGCCUCUACGAGUGCCCGCGCUGCAGCAAGAAGUUCCGGCGCCAGGCCUACCUCCGCAAGCACCUGCUGGGCCACCCGGCCCGGGACCCGCCCGACGAGCCGGGCCCGCCGCCGCCGCCCGAGUGCCACGCCUGCCCGGUGUGCGGGGAGAGCUUCCCCGGCAAGAGCAGCCAGGAGCGCCACCUGCGCCUGCUGCACUCCUCCCAGGUCUUCCCCUGCAAGUACUGCCCGGCCACCUUCUACAGCUCGCCUGGCCUCACCCGGCACAUCAACAAGUGCCACCCGUCGGAGAACAGACAGGUCAUCCUGCUCCAGAUGCCCGUGCGCCCCGCCUGCUAGAGCCCGGGGCCAGCCCCAGCGCCGUGCCUUCGCCCCCGGGAGACCCCCGCCGCCGCCGCCGCCCGCCACAUGCCGCGCUCUGCCUUUCGCCCGCUUACAGCCGCUGCCCCCGGGCUCCCCUCGCCUGCCCGCCGCCCCGCCCCGCCCCACCCCGCCUCGCUGCGCCCCCGGCCCUGGACAAGCGGGCGCCCGGCGGGGGGAUGCCAAACUCGUGCCCGUGGUGACUCCCGCCUCUCUGUAGCUCCCGCCGCCCCGGUUGAUUGCUAGUGUUGAUGGCGUUUUAAGGUCUCUUAGGAAGUCUCUGUCUCUCUGUCUCCCCCGUCCCCUCUUCCCAUGUCUGUAGCCUACGGGUUGGCCUGCUUUCUGUUUUUUGGAAAGUCCGUCUCGAAGAAUCAAUGCCUUUCUCUCUCUCUCUCUGUCUCACAGGCUGUAAAUUGAACUCCCCCCCCUCCCCUCAAUGAUUAGCUUUAUUAUGGCUUGUGAAAUGCUGGAAUCUGGCUUUACCUAUAUCUGGGGUUGGUCUUUUUUUUUCCUUUCUUUCUUUCUUCUUCUUCGUACGUGAACAAAUCAAACUGCUGAAGGGAAAAGCAAAGCAAAGCCGAGCUAAGAAGCACUGUCUUUGCGCAGCCACGAAUGCCUUGACUCUGCUCUCGCUGGUGCCCGGAGACUGCUGUAGAAACUGCCUUAAACAGCCCCUGCCCCCCCUCCCCCAGCCCAGCGCCUCUGACUAUAUGUAUAUGUUGAUUUGAGUAAUUAUGUUAUUUAUUCCUUAUUUAUUUAUAUUAAUGAUGAAGAUUAUUAUUUGAUGGCGAAUAUUUUUUAUUGCGCUUGCCCCGCUCCCCUCCCUCCCUCCCUCCUGCCAUUUACCAGUUUUUUUUGGUUCGUUUUGAUUCCCGCUCUCCCCUCUGUUUUUUCUAAAGGGAUCUGCUCAAAAAAGAAAAAAAAAAAAAAAAAGAAAAGAAAAAGGUUUUAACUUUUAUACCUAAAAAAGAAGUCCGUCCCCCAGGGAUGAAACCAUUGGACUCCGCUUUCCCAGGGCACAGACAGCUCUCGUGCCGCCGCCCGCUCUCACUUUUAGAUGCAAUCUCUUUUCUACACACAUUAUUUUCUUAACUGUUAGCUAUUUAUAGGAUGGCUUGGAUAGAACUGUUUCGACUGUAUAACUAUUUACUAUUCAAAUAAAAUAUUUUCCAAUUCAAA